AAUGAAAACAUUUAUUUUAAUGAGUUAUUUUUAUGUACCAAAAUUUUUAUUAUCACAUUGUUAUGUCUAUUUCCGUUGGUCUUCUUUUACUUCGUCUUUUUCUCUUUCUUCUUCUUCUUCUUCUUCUUUUUCUCCUUAUCCUUCUUCUUCUUCUUCAAGUAUUCUGUUGUUUCGUUUUGAAAAUAAUUAUUUGGUUAAACAAAAACUACUACUAAUCAAGGUUACAUAUGUACCAGUCAAAAACAUCUUUUAUUAUGUAAGUGAAUUAGUGAGACACUUGAAAUCAUACAAAAUGUUACAAUAGGGAAUAAAUUUUUUCUUUACUUAUCAUUUAAAUUAUUUGUUUCAAUCUAUUAGAAUGAAUUAAUAUUUUACGUCGGAUAAAAACAAAUCCACGAGUCAUCUGAUUUAAAUAAAGAUAUUCAUUCAUUAAUAAUUCGAUUACAAUAAUAGUGUAACAAGAUAUAAUUCGUUGACAAAUAGUAAUGUGGUUAUUAUUUUUUUUCUUUAAUUUUCGUCUAAUCUACAUAUACAUAUAGGAAACUCAAUUUUAACAUAAAGUAUCGAAUCAGAAGGGGUUUUGUAGAGAUUUUU